AUGCUUGCGCGAGAGCGCAUCAAUGCCCUAAUUGAUUCUGGGACAGCAUUCCUUGAACUGAGCCAGUUGGCUGGAUAUCAAUCUUAUGGAAAGGAAGAAGUACCAGCGGGAGGCAUAAUCACAGGUGUAGGCUCUGUUUCUGGCCGUGUCUGCAUCAUCGUAGCAAACGACGCAACGGUGAAAGGAGGAACCUACUAUCCGAUAACAGUCAAGAAGCAUUUGAGAGCACAAGAGAUUGCAAGGGAAAAUGGCUUGCCAUGUAUCUACCUUGUCGAUUCUGGUGGCGCAAAUCUACCUCGACAAGCUGAUAUCUUUGCCGAUAGGGAACAUUUUGGACGAAUUUUUUACAAUCAGGCGACCCUUAGCUCUCAAGGCAUUCCUCAACUAGCCGUUGUCAUGGGAAGCUGUACUGCUGGUGGGGCCUAUGUGCCAGCUAUGUCAGAUCAAGCCAUCAUUGUCAAGGGAAAUGGAACUGUGUUUCUUGGUGGGCCUCCCCUGGUAAAGGCAGCAACUGGCGAAGAGAUUUCGGCUGAAGAGCUGGGAGGAGCUGAUUUGCAUUGCUCUGAAUCUGGCGUCACUGAUUAUUAUGCUCAAAACGAUGCACAUGCAUUGCAUCUGGCCAGAAAUGCUGUAGCUGGCAUGGGAAAGCCGGAAGGAGCUGUGAAGUUUCCUGAGCAUUGUGAGUUACGGGUUCAUCUUUAG